CUAGUAAUCUGUGAUUCUAUACUCGAGUUUUUUACACAUACAUAAAUAAAAUAACUUUUAACCUUAUUAUUAUUAUCUAUUGAAAUAUUUUAUUUAGUUCUGAGAUGAACCAGGGACUAAAAAUCCUCAGAAUAUUACCCUUCAAAGUUGCUGCAUGCACUUCCCAAAUAAGGCCAUACGCCUUCAAAAGUAAUUUGAAAAUCAAAUGGGUCAGACCUGCAAAAAUACCAUGUUUUAAGCCUGAAAAGUCUGGGGAUCUUGAAGGUUUUCCUCAAGUAGACAAAAAUCAAAUUCGAGAUGAAUUCAAACACUGUAAAGGAUUGGACACUGCUAAUGAAUUGGUUAAGAAAUUAUUCACAUAUGAAUAUGCCCCCAGACGAUUUACUGUUGCCCAUGUUGUAAAUAAAACUGCAGAGAAAGUCAAGAGACAUAACAAUGAUUUUGGUUCCCAUGAGGUCAUCAUUGCUAAGUGGACAGGUGUAAUUCGAGCAUGGCAAGAAGUAAUGGAACGAUUUCCUCGUAAUAAAAGACUUAAAGUUCAUUUGAAGGAGUUGAUUGAUAAAAGAAAAAAAUAUUUGAGAUAUUUGCGUCGUUGGGAUUAUAAGAGGUUUGAAUGGCUCUUGGAAAACUUGAACUUAUCUUACAAACCAAUGCCAUUAGAUGUUCAUUGGGUUACAAGAAAAGAUUCUUUGAGAAAACUUACUGAUAAGUAUUGUGAUCAACUCAAGAAAGAUAAAUUAGAUGAAUUGAAACUCCUUCUAGAGGCACAACAACCAGCUUUUUUGGAAGAAAAAAUUCGUGUAUUAGAAUUUAUUCAAGAUGAAGAAAGAGAUUGUGGAAUUGAACCGACAAUAAGUCAAGAAGAAAUAGACAAUGUGAAGAAACAGCUUGCAGAAUUGCAAAUGAAGAUUGAGGAUAGCAGAGAACAAGAACUAUCUGAAAUGGACAAAUAAAAAUUUCAUUUCUUAUAAUUUGUAAAAAACAAUUUAAUAAAUAAUAAUUUUUUUUUCAUUGA